AUGGCUCCCAAAGCUCGGGACAUCGAGCAGAACCUGUUUGACGAUAUCUUACCACCAAUUCACGUUCUCCUGUUGACACACUUGCUCUUCGAUCAAUACAAUCUCCGGGUGCAAAACGGGAUCGACAUACAGGAUUGCUGCAUUGACAAAGACACGCCGAACAACGACACCCUCAAAGAGAAGGAUAACAACGACAUGGACAUCGACGAGAUAAUCGAUGACAGCGACGAAGACACGCCGAACCACAACGCCCGGAAAGAGAAGGAUAAUGACGACAUGGACAUCGACGAGAUAAUCGAUGACAGCGACGAAGACACGCCGAACCACAACGCCCGGGAAGAGAAAGAUAACAACGAGCUGGGAAAUCCUCGAGAAGAUUACUUGUUAGCGAUGGAUAUGGUCGAGAAAAUGGACGUCAUGCGUGGGCAGUUUAAACUGUCACCUGAGCGCUGUCGGGCGGAACAAGGCACGCUCAAUAUUUGCAAGCCGCGCGGGGCGCCUACGCUUCCCACCCACGCGCCGCCGUCCGCGACCGCCUAA